AUGAGGUGUCGCAGACACGUUCAAAGACAUCCAAAAAAAACAGUUAUUGAACAACCAAAAGUGAAGCUGAGGGUUAAGGUCAAAAUUGUAAGUAAGAAACGUGAACUAUCUGAUGAAGAUGAUUCAGAUAUUCAGAGUCGUCCUGGAUCUUCAAAGAAACCAAAGAGAGAAACUAAAGUUUUGAAGAAACAUAAAAAAGCUGUUGUUAUAAAAAAAUUUCCUUCAUUGAAGAAUAGAUGUUCACCCGGGUCAUUGUUGGGUGUUAUUCAAGGUUUAAAUAGAGAACAGAAGGAUUGUGUUAGGGCUAUGGGAUUUGGGAGUUUGUUAGGGAUGAAGAUGAUUGACGUACCGUUGAAGAUUGUUUAUUAUGUUCUUGAUCAUUUUAAUUUUGAAUCUUUGAAGGUGGAGUUUGAUAAUUGUGAAGUUAGUGUUGAUAGUAAGUCUGUUCAAGAGAUGUUAGGAUUACCAUCUGGUGGCUCAUUACUUUCAAACAUGGAUUACAUUUCGGAGAAUAAUGAAGAGAGUUGUAUGUUUGAGUUGAAGAAACAGUAUGAAAAUAUUGAUAAAUUGAGAUUGAAACAGCUAAAGAAUGAACUUGUUCAAACUAGUGCUGCGGAUGACAACUUCAGAAUCAAUUUUUUGGUUCUUUUUAUUAAUACUUUCUGUGAGUCUACAAGCAUGGGUAAAUGUAAUCUGAAUCCAUUGUAUUUAAUCAGAAGAGAUACUAAUUUAAGUAGCAUUGACUGGUGCGAUUACAUUGCGAAUUGUUUGGUAAGGACGAAGAAGGUUUACAAUCCAGAGAAAGAAUCUUCUUUCUUUUAUGGACCAGCAGCAUACCUUAUGUUGUUGUAUGUGGAUACUUUCAAGUUUGAUCAUUUGCAAGUCACACGUAAACGUCCAACUAUUUUUUAUUGGACGUCAGAGAAGAUAAGGUUUCUUGAGGAUAUUUUACAAGAGAGUGGAGGAUUUGGAUGUGGACAUGUUAAUGAAGCAUAUGUUGAAGAAGAAUUUCAAGAAUCUGAGUAUAAUGAGGAGGAAUCUGGCGGUGAUGAGAUUGAAUCUGAUGGUGAAGAGGAUUUAUGUGAUGAGGAUGAAGAAGAUUUUGAUGUUAAUAAAGUUAGUGACGUGGAGGUGUAUGAAAGUAAAAUUUCAUAUUUAAGCACAGAAAGUUUUGAUUUCCAUUAUGUUUCACAAAAAUAUAAAGAACCGAUAUUAACACUUGGUUUUGUUCAAGUUAAUGAUGAAGAUUAUGGGAAUGAUUUUCUUAAUGAUGAUGAAAAUGUUGAAGAUUAUGAUCAAGAGAAAUGUUCUGGUGGUCAGGGGGAUAGAAGUGGUCCACAUGAGGGCAAUAUUGGUAAAAAUCAUGUUGAAGGUAAAGGUGAUGAUGAUGAAGAUGAUGAACAAGGAAAUGGAAGUGGAUGUAAUAAAGAAGAGGCCAUGAAUUUAAAUUCUGUUUUCGAAAAUGUUACUAAGAGUGUGGGUCUAAUUGAUAGCCAGGAAGGUGUAUCUUUUAGUCAAUUUAUUUGCGAUCCAGUUGUUGAAAGUUUUCUUAAUACUUUGGAUCAAGGUACUGAUGGUUGUUUAAAUCAGAAACUAGUUGAAGAUGAUGUGAAUUUGAAUUUGGCUGGUAUUGAUGAUGGGACUGUAAAUUUGGGUGAGGAUGAUCAUAAGAAUAAAGUAAUUUCAUAUCAUAAUGUUGAUAAAGUUAUUGUAGCAAAGAAGGAUGGAGAAGGUGAAGAUGUUGAAGAUUGUUCAAAUAAAAAUAAAGAUGGAGAAAAUGUUGAAGAUUGUUCAAAUAAAAACAAGGAUUCAAAUGAGACUCGAUCAUUGAAAAAUGAUAUUGUUCCAAGUUUUAGUCUUGGAUUUAGUCAAGAUUCUGAAGGUUCCAAGAAGUCAUCUCAAAGUCAAAUUUCUUCUAAACGGAUGACAAAGAAAAAGAUUAAGGAUAGAGUUAUUUUGGGAAAACCAAGUGCUGGUCCAGAGUGUGUUAUUCCAAAUGUUGAUGUUAUUGAUGCUAGUCCAGUUUCUUUUGCACCCCCUUUGGGUACAUUAGAAGGACCAUCAAAACCUGUUUCUGGCAAACCUAAAGAUAUAAAUGAAGAAGCAACAUCAGUAGUGGAUGCCAAAGGAAAGAGACAAAUGAAGUUUUCUUAUGUUUAUAAGUCACCAUUUAAGGAAAGGGAUAUUGUAUUGCUUAUGGAAACAUAUGUUAUUGGUUUUAGAGCUAAUUAUGAAAGUCUUUAUAAAAAAACCCAUUUGCAUGUUAGUGUUCUUGAUUCAUGGUCUUGUAUACUAAAUCAUCAAGAGAAAUUCAGAGAUGUUGUUAAAUCUCCACUCAGAUUGUUCAUGAAUUCUGAGACUGUUAUCGAUAAUGGUGCAGAUAAUGCUGAUUUCGAUGAUAAGUAUGUUGCAGUUUUAAACCUCUUGUAA